CCCGUGGGAGGUGGAGAUUGGGGUUCCGUAGUCCUCAAAUGUCGAUUAGGUUUUUUCUUAUACCCAAAUAAGAGCCUAAGUCAUUGUGCCUCCCAAAACUGGGGUCUGAGCUCUACCCCUCCCAGAGAAAUGGAUUUUGGGGUCACCAUCACUUGGAGCUUACGACGAGAAUUACUAACCUUCAAAGAAACAAGCCACAGUCCCUGUUCUUCCAUUACGGAUGUCUUGGGUCCUUGAGCCUUAAAAACGGUUCUGAUGUUCCUAUCCCUUAGAGAACAGGAUUUGCGGUCAUUGUCCCUUGCAAAUGGGGGCUAAGAUCAUUGUCUUCUAAGAAAACAAGAAUAAGAUCUUCAUCCCCCAAAAAAGGGAGAUGUGAAUUUGCUGUCCCUCAGAGAAUGGGGAUCUGGAUCCAGCAUCAUUUAGAAACAGGGAUUGGAGGUUACUGUGUCCCAAAGAACAGGGCAAGGGUUUUGUAAGCCUGAUAACCAGGUCAUUUGCCCUUUUAAAACACCUGGUCUGGCGUCAUCACCGGCCCAAAAUAUGUAGUACUGUACCCGCAACGGUGAAAACUAUUGGUUAUUGCUUCUUAGAAAUAAGGACAGGUGUCACCACCCCCCAGAACAGGGAUUGAGAGUCACCAUACCUUUCAAAUCCGUAGUCACUGUGUUAUUUAAAGAACAUGAAUUGGUGGGUGUUUUUUCUCAAAAAAUGGUACGGGGUGGGGGGAACAGUCCUCCAUAGAAUAUGGAUCAGAAGUCAUAAUUCUCUUAAUGAUUGUUCAGGGGUGUCAUUGACUCUGAAAAAAGUGAUGUAGGAUCAUCUUCCUCCAAAAGAGAAUCAACUGUUACUGGGCCCUCAGUUCUCAAAAGAAAAGGGGUCACUAUUCCCUAAGAAUGGCUCCAAAGUUCGCCACUCUUCAGAGAAUGGGAACUGGGAAUGAUAGCCUUUCUUUAAAGAACUGAGGCUGGGAUAGCCUCCUAAUAACAGAGAUUAAGUUCACCAUUCUCACAAUUUGGUGCUUGUCUGUCAGGUAGGAGUCUGGGGCUCUGGACUACCCAGAUGAGGAGGUCAGGUGACAGCGGGAAAGUGACCACAGUGGUAGCCACCCUAGGCCAGGGCCCAGAGCGCUCCCAAGAGGUGGCUUACACAGACAUCAAGGUGAUUGGCAAUGGCUCUUUUGGGGUCGUGUACCAGGCACGGCUGGCCGAGACUGGGGAGCUGGUGGCCAUCAAGAAGGUUCUCCAGGACAAGAGGUUCAAGAACCGAGAGCUGCAGAUUAUGCGUAAGCUGGAUCACUGCAAUAUCGUGAGGCUGAGAUACUUUUUCUACUCCAGUGGGGAGAAGAAAGAUGAGCUUUACCUAAAUCUGGUGCUGGAAUAUGUGCCCGAGACGGUGUACCGGGUGGCCCGCCAUUUCACCAAGGCCAAGUUGACCAUCCCUAUCAUCUAUGUCAAGGUGUACAUGUACCAGCUCUUCCGGAGCUUGGCCUACAUCCACUCCCAGGGCGUGUGUCACCGCGACAUCAAGCCCCAGAACCUGCUGGUGGACCCCGACACCGCUGUCCUAAAGCUCUGCGACUUUGGCAGUGCAAAACAGCUGGUCCGGGGGGAGCCCAAUGUCUCCUACAUCUGUUCUCGCUACUACCGGGCCCCAGAGCUCAUCUUUGGAGCGACUGAUUAUACCUCGUCCAUCGAUGUGUGGUCAGCAGGCUGUGUACUGGCCGAGCUCCUCCUGGGUCAGCCCAUCUUUCCUGGGGACAGUGGGGUAGACCAACUGGUGGAGAUCAUCAAGGUGCUGGGAACACCAACCCGGGAACAGAUCCGAGAGAUGAACCCCAACUACACGGAGUUCAAGUUCCCCCAGAUUAAAGCCCACCCCUGGACAAAGGUGUUCAAAUCUCGAACGCCACCCGAGGCCAUCGCGCUCUGCUCUAGCCUGCUGGAGUACACACCGUCCUCAAGGCUCUCCCCGCUGGAAGCCUGCGCCCACAGCUUCUUUGAUGAACUGCGAUGUCCCGGAACCCAGCUCCCCAACAACCGCUCGCUUCCCCCGCUCUUCAAUUUCAGUCCUGGCGAACUCUCCAUCCAACCAUCUCUCAACGCCAUUCUCAUCCCUCCUCACUUGAGGUCCCCGGCGGGCUCUGCCACCCUCACCCCGUCCUCACAAGCUUUAGGUGAGCCUCGGCUGGGCUCAGACCGGCAGCCGCCCGAUGCCACAGCUACCCUCACUAAUUCUUCCUGAGGGCCCUACCAGCUACCCUUCCAUCUAAGAGCCCCAAGGGGGGCUGGGACGGGGGGCCACAGCCCACCAUGCUCUUGCCCUGGCUGGGCCCCUAGACUAGGGGGCAGAGAUAAACGAGUCCCUGUCCUCACCUCCAGUCCCGCCCUCACCAGCUUCACCCCUGUGGUGGGCUUUUUAAGAAGAUUUUAACUGGUUGUGGGGAGGGAAGAGAAGGAAGGACGGGGUUGGGGGCAUGAGGACCUCUUAUCCCCUCAGCCCCCUCGUCUCCACCUCCUCCAGCCCCCUUCCCUCCUGUGUACCUUGUAAAUAGAACCAGACCAGCCCCUGCCUCCUCUGCCCUUCCCUGACCCCCAGGUGUAAAUAGAUUGUUAUAAUUUUUUCUUAAAGAAAACGUUGAUUCACACCAUCCCACCUGGCCCUUCCCCCUCCUCCAGCUGUGUCUCCCCUCCUGUCUUCG